AAAUAAAAACAAGCUUAUGGAAAAGAAGGUUUUUUGGGUUUUCCAGAAAGCUUAACAUGUUGGGUUGGAGGUGCUGAAUUUAUGUUGCCAAUUUGGUCGGCCGUUGAGGGUAGUCGACGGUCGCACAUUCUCCGAUCACUGUAACCGGAUUCAUCGAUCGCUCAUUUUUGUAGUUCUCCAUUAUUUUGGAAUAUAAUUUGUUUGUAAUUAAGCUGCUCUUAUGGGUUCCAAUCACCAAGGGAUCGCUGUUGUAAUAAUGGGUGUGAGUGGUGCCGGGAAAUCAACUGUAGGAGAAAUGCUUGGGAAAGCUCUAAACUGUAGCUAUGUUGAUGCUGAUGAUUUUCAUCCACAGUCAAACAAAGAAAAGAUGAAGAACGGGAUCCCUUUGUCCGAUGAAGAUCGAAUCCCAUGGCUUGAAAGGCUUCGGAGUAUUGUGAAUGCAAGCUUUGUCAGCGGCAAGACUGUAAUUCUCGGGUGUUCUGCCCUCCAAAAGCACUACAGGGACAUUCUUAGAUCUGCUGACCCAAAUUAUGAAGGUAGUCGAGGCCACAUAUGUGCUGUUAAGUUUGUUCUAUUGGAGGUAGGGGUGAAGGUGCUUAUGGAUCGGGUGAAGAAAAGAGCAGCAGAAGGGAAGCAUUUCAUGCCGCCUCAACUUCUGCAAUCCCAAUUAGAUCUGCUUCAGAUUGAUGCCUCUGAAGGGAUAUUUACAGUUGAUGCAUCGCUUAGUCCUGAAGCCAUUGUGGACAACAUUAAAGCAUCGCUUUUCUGAUCAAGAAUGACCGAUUACAAACCAUGGAGAUCUGGUCAUGGAUUUUUGGUCGGGACCGGUUAUGAACAACAAAUCAAGGGGCGGGACCGAUUUGGUUCCCUCCCAGGACUGAUUUUUGGCCAUCUCUAGUUACGAUGCAAGAAUUGAUUCCAUAAGGUCGGGUUUUAGGAUGAACGUGUGAGAAAAACAUAAAACUAAAAUUACUACAAUCUAUACUUCUUUAUAAAACGGCAUUUACGAUUAUCUUGAACUUUUUAAUAGGUACCACCUAUCAAGCUUGAUGUACACAGUUUAAAGCUUCUUUCUGCAAGUCCAACUACUCUC